GUAAUUAUGCUCGGAUCAAAUUUUCGAGUUGGUGAAAAAAUUGGAUGUGGUAAUUUUGGCGAACUGCGAUUAGGCAAAAAUGUGCAUAAUAAUGAACAUGUAGCAAUAAAAAUGGAGUCAAUGAAAUCGAAGGCUCCGCUACUGCACCUAGAGUAUGAGUUUUAUAGACAGUUAGGAUCAUGUGAUACUCAAUGUUGUCCGGAAGGUAUACCUCGCGUUUUCUUUCUAGGCACUUGUGCUGGCCGAUACAAUGCCAUGGUUUUGGAAUUAUUGGGGCCAUCCUUGGAAGAUCUCUUCAAUAUGUGCAAGCGGAAGUUUUCCCUAAAGACUGUAGUGAUGAUAUGCAAACAACUUCUCCAUCGGAUCGAAUAUGUUCAUAGUCGAAACUUAAUAUAUAGAGAUGUUAAACCGGAAAAUUUUCUCAUUGGUAGACGAUCAAUGAGGCGAGAAAAAGUUAUAUACAUUGUUGAUUUCGGUUUGGCCAAAGAAUAUAUUGAUUUAGAUACAAAUAAUCACAUACCAUAUGGGGAAAAUAAAUGCUUAACCGGCACCGCACGUUAUAUGUCGAUAAACACACACGCGGGCAAAGAGCAAUCAAGACGUGACGACUUAGAAGCAUUAGGUUAUAUGUUUAUGUAUUUCUUAAGGGGUUCGUUGCCGUGGCAAGGCCUCAAGGCCGGUACACUCAAAGAACGUUAUCAAAAAAUUGGCGAAACUAAACGGGCAACACCUAUUCAUGUGCUUUGCCAUAACUAUCCUGAGGAAUUUUCCAUAUAUUUACAUUACGUCAGACGUUUAGAUUUUUUCGAAACGCCUAGUUAUGCCUUUGUGCAAAGACUGUUUCAAGAAUUGUUCGACCGCAAAGGCUUUGUGGACGAUGGCCAAUUUGACUGGACAGAGAAAGCAAUGUCGACACCGGUCGGAUGUUUGCAAACUGGCUAUGACUUAAACAUGUCAACAAAUAAACAUCGUAAGAAUGCCGCUAAAGGAGGUGUCGCUGCAUGGCGUAGUGAACCAAAACGAGGAUCUAUGCUGGGCAAUUUGAAGUCAACCGACAGGCUCGCCUUAGCCCAAGUUGUUAAUUCGACAAAUGUUGACGAUCCUAGUGCUGAUCCUUCGAACGCUCCUGUCACACAACAACCAGAAGUUGAACUAGUAGACGAAACAAAAUGUUGUGGUUUCUUUAAACGAAUGAAGAAGAGAUCAUCCCGACAAAAAUAA